GAAACCAAAGAAAUCAAAAACGGUUUCAAAAUAAAUAUUACGUAUCAAAUUAAUAUAUAUGGAUCAUUCCAUCGUACACUUCGUUAUCAACAGCUUUAUCAUUUUCAUAUUUAGUUCAAAAAAGUAUUUAGUGCAAAUUCAUUACCCAAUUUUUCACCUCAAAAAUUUUUUCCAAUAAAUUCAAUCAACGUAGCAGAACGACGAUUACAGCUAGAAAAAUAUAUUCAAAUCGUAAGCCAAGAUUCACAAAUUCAACAAGAAUCACAUAACAAUAAUAAUGACAACAAUUUGGAUAUUUAUCAAUUAGAUUGGCAGCCAAUUCGAUUGACGACUAAUGGUCAAGAAAAUAGUGAAAAUGUAUUGCGAAAAUUUUGUCAAACAAUUCAAAUGAAUUCGAAUCAUGUUUCAUAUUUUGCAUUAUUUUUAAUCGAACGUUUUAUCAUGAUUGAUAAUAAUGAUAAUGAUAAGAAUAAGCCAAAACAUUUUCGUAUCAUAAGACGAUUACAAAAUUUCGAAUGACCAUUAUUAACAUUACGAACAAUUCAAAAUAGAAUGGUUACUUCAAAUCAACAGCAUAAUAAUAUUAUAAUCAUUAUAUAUAAAUCAUAUUUUAAUAUUGAAUUCGAUCAGGAUUUAUUUGAUGAUCAAAUUGCAUUGAAUUGUAUAUUUCUACAAACUGUACAAGAUAUUGAAAUUUGUCAUAUUGUUUGUAAUGAUCAUGAUACCAGAAGACGAUUAUAUCAUUUGAAAAUGAAGCCAGAUAAAUUAGAGUAUAUUCGAUUAAAAUUACAAAAAUUUUAUGGCUAUUUUCAUUUUGAAUCAUGUUAUUGUGAUCUACCAUCAAUGCCAGCCAAAGCGAAUGUAACAAUUUUCGCUGGUAAUCAAGAGCUUAUAAUUCGUGUCGACAAUCAAGAUGUAAUUAUAAUUAUGUUUUUUAAUUGUUAUUAUUCAUUUUAUAGCAAGAAUAUAGUUUUCGUAUAA